AUGGAUUUAAUAAAGAAGUCCCCGAAAGUAGCCUCAGUUGAAGUUAGACCAAAAAAACAAAAUAAUCCCAUUGCUGAAAAUAAAAAUGUCAUCAAUAUAAUUAAAUUGGUCUUGAAUACUCAAUUGAUUUUUGGAAUUAAUCGUACUUAUUUGCUAAAACGUGGAAGAUUUGUAUCGUGGGUUUCUAAGAUGUAUAGCAUUGCUUUCAUAAUUUUGAUACUUCUGCAAAUGUUAACCUACAAGAGUGAAAGCGUUACUUAUUAUAUUAUUCAAUACGUCUCCUGUUUUGAAUUUAUUUUUCUGGUUUUGAAUUCCAUGAUUUUUCAAAGAAAAACUUUCGAAUAUUUAAUUGAAAACAUGAAUAUGUAUGAUGACAUUUUAAACAUUACUAAAGAAAAUUUAAAUAUUAUGCAUCCAAAAUUCAGAUGCAUAAUAUGGAUAUUUGUGACUCUGGCAUUCAGUGCGAUGGAAUACCAUAUUGGAUUAUAUAUUACUGAUUUUGAUUACACUGAAAUCUCUAUGACUGUAUUAUGUACAAUUACAAUUAUGGCUCAUGAUGGUGAGCUUUUAUUAUUUGUUUUAUUAUUAAGAAUGGUAUAUGUUAGGGCGCAAAUUAUGAAAGCUCAUGUAAAAAAGAAGUUUGGAAAGAUAGACAGUAAAGAAUUAAACAAAAUGGAUGCAAUAUCGAAUAAUACUCAACUCGACACUACGACGAUGCAUCGAACCUACAACUUGCUACAUAAGUGCGCUGAACAACUCAACUCUAUAAUGAAUUUACCGAUGAUGACAUCACUAUUUUGUUCAGGGAUAGUAACUACAAUGUUGUUGACGAAUGUAUUCAUGAUAUUGCAAACGGAUGUCAUACGUUCCUCAAUAAAGCGACCUGUACUCGUAUUCUGUUCAGUCCGUUGCAUAAGGUAUACCUUUAUGGUCGUCGUACCUUGUUACUUCUCCACUGUGACUACAGCUUUAGUAACACAAAUAAGGACCACGCUUCAUGACGCCACCAAUAGUGGAAGCCUUGAUAAAAUUGAAAGGCGCAGAGUAAAGGCAUUUUUCCAGUUGACCCGCGAGAAAGAGUUCGCGUACGCCCUCUGGGGCGUGAUCAGACUCAACAUGUCUCUCCCGCUGAGCUACUGCGGCCUUUGCACUACCUACCUCGUCAUCGUUAUACAGUUUUCCAAGUUUUUAGACUAAGUUCUAUUGACGUUACAGUCGAUUUCUAAUGCUUUAUCUACGAAUAUACAUACAUAGACGUAAAACAUUUGUUUAGUUUAGAAUUAUUUACUUUUCCUCGUGUACAUAUUUGAUAUUAUAAUAAAAAAAC